GAGGACCAAGCGAGCAGCAAACCAGACUGGGAACGCCAGAGUGCCCUACGACUGCGCCGCGUGCACAUCCCUGCCUCCUCUCUCGAUCGCUCUCCGUCACCGGGACCACUUACAUAGAUCAUCAGUUUCCAGCCAAGUGCAUCGCGAUCCACGGUCAACCUCGUCGAUAAAUCGCGUUACGGUUCUUCUCUCCUUUUUCUUCAGUGUUUUCAAGUGCGUUCUUCGCUCUCCUCUCCUCCGUCCUGCUGGAUCUUUCGAAUUUUUAGAUCCAGAAACAGAGAGAGAGAGAGAGAGGUUUGGAUGUUACGGAAGAAAAGAUCGUCCACGAUUCUCCUUCCAUCGGAUAACUUCCGUGACUUUCUAUCAUUCUCGUGAUUCCUCUACCGGAGGAACAAUUCGUAAGAGGAAUAAAAUCGUGAAGUAAAAUGCGCGCAGCCCUGACGAGCUACCGAUAAGUGACACCGAGUUCAUCGAGGGCCUGUAUCGAUCGUUCCUUCCAUCGAGCACCAUCGAGCUUACGAUGCCAGCUCGACCAAAGGGUCGAGGAUAAUAUAAAAGAUAAGAGGAAUCGUACGCGGGAACAGAGCUUUUUCGCGAAGAUCGGUGAGAGAGAGAGAGAGAGGGGAGCGGAUCGAAAGCGAUGCGUUGAGCCAUCGAUCACGGAGCGGCGCGGGGAUGAGCGAGGCGUUCAAUUAAAUCGUUCCAGAAGCGCGAGCGACCGAGAGAGAGAGAAAGAGAGAGAGAGAAAACGAAGAAACGGGGGGAAUUGCGUGACUCGGUUGGAAAAUAUUAGUCGUGGAGACGCGGCUUACGAUGUCGCCUCUCGUUUUCGUCGCCAUACCGAAUCAGCGGUCGCGCUGAAUCACGGGACGAUUGUUGUUCCUCCUCUGCCUGGAAGAAGAAAUUCAACCGGAUCCGGGUGUACAACGAUUCCUUCCUUCGAGAUCCGUUUUUCCCCUCUCGUUUCGAGGGUCGAGACGAAAAUCCUCGAAAGAUCCGAGGAGGAGGCGAGCGGGCAAAGGGAGAAAGAAAAAGGAAAAAAAAACGAUCGACGAUCGCUCGAUCAACGCGUCCAUGUUCUAGCCUGGAGCGUGCGUCCCCCGCCGAUUGAUUUGGCGCGCGCGUGACGGGAAAGAGGAACACGGGACUUUGGAGGUAUUCCAAACGGCGGAUAUACACAUCGUGGACGAUGAAGUGGUGCUUAGUGAUGCUGAUUCUGGCCGGUGUCACGAGGGCCGACAAUUCGGUCGACGCGGACUAUUCGAUCCUCAAGUGUCCGGACCUGAAUUCCCAAGAGGAGAUCGAUUUGAACGAGAUAAUGGGCAAGUGGUACGUGGUCGAGGUGUUGGAGCACAAAGUCGAUCCAUCGAAGCCCAACGGCUCGUACAAGGUCAAUUCCUGCCCGAUCGUCAAGCUGAGAGCGGUCGAGAACACGUCCAAGUACUUCUCCUCGUUGAGGCUGUUGUGGACCGAGGAGAUCGGCGACCUCGAGUACACUUUCCGGAUACCGGACGUAUCCAGGAAGCCGGGCUUUUGGAUUUCCACCUCUGUGCAAAAUGGUACACUGGUGGAGAGGGGGUACAAGCAAUUCAGCGGGAACGUGCACGUGAUGAAGGCCGUCGCCUCGGACAUGGUGCUGACUUUCUGUUCCCGGAACCCGGACAAUCAGCUGUACUCGUUGCUACUCUCGCGGGAGCACAUCCUGCAAAAGAGCGACAAACGAGGCGUGCACAAUCUGCUCGGUCGGCGUGGACUCAAGAUCGUCAAUAUCCGGGAGACGUGCAUGAACAACGCUGCCUGGAGAAGAGGAUCCUUCGAUCUGAUCGGGUGGCUGGCUCUGAUAGGGGUGUUAUCUUCGGUUUUCUUCGGCUCCUGGUAGUGGUGGUAAUAAAUGGUCGAACAAGGGAUAAACGAAACGGAAUUUUCGUUACGGUUGAAUCGUUAGCUGCGUCGACGUUAUAUAUCCGCGUCCCGAUCAUUCUAGCGAUCCUAAACGUUUCCCGACGAAAUAAAAUCUCUUGCCGCUUCUUCCUUGUCCUCCCCUUAAACGAGAGGAUCGUUAAUCCCUUAGGAAAGGAUUAACAGGGGCGAUUUCUGUUGCCGAGAGGAUCGAAUUCAACGAAGAGAGAGAACGUCUUAAUUGCCAACGCAGCUAACGACUCCGCGUCUCCAUUGCAAUAAAACCCGUCUGCGGCGCGAUAAUCUCGUAACGAGAAUCUCGACGAAACGAAAAAACUCGAAUUUAUCGCGUUUUGGCCUCGUGUGAUUCGACCUCGCGUGAAACCGGGACGGGAAAAGGAUGCACUGGUUGCCGUGUCGCGGGCGAUUCUCGUUAUUCUCGGCACGACGCCAGCUACCAGGGGAACGAUCCCCGUUAGAUGGUGCAUCGUUUCGCGUCGUCCUCACAGGUUCUUCCUGUGCUUAGUAUCGCGGGCCUUUGUUCCUCCGAUGGAGCUGCCGACCCCUCGAGUCCUCUCGACUGAAACAACAACGGGCUCGAACCUUCCCCAACCACGUAUCUACGAUAAUAUAUAUAUACAUAUACGCGCGAUUAUCGCAUAAUUCGAGGAGGGACCCGAGUGUUCAAAUCGAUCGGAUAUUGUCGUAACUCUUUCAGUCCAGGAUCGCAUUCGUUUGUACAGAUAUAUGAAAAAAAAUUAGAGGACGAAGCUGUUUCUUUUACGAGACGUGUCUAAUUUUAAUUAUCGUUGGACGAGAUGUUUCUUCGUAUUUUCAUUCGCGUCCCUUUAUAGAAUCUUGUUCUCUCAGAGUUUAUUUCUUUUUGGAAAAGAAAAAAAAAAGAAAAAAGACAUAUCAGACAAAGUCGUUGUUGUUGAAGAAGAGUGGAAAAAUGAAGGGGACAAAGAUUUAUCGAAUAAUGCGAUGCCACGGAUUGAAAGAGUUCCGCGAAGAACUCACUGUUCCAGCCAAGAUAAUCCUCCUGUUCAAAAAAAUAAGAAUGGGGGCGUUUCCGUGAAGAUUAGCGACGUUAGAUAGAAAUGCAUGUUGUAUGUAUCUCGGUUCGUGGAUUUAAGAAGACAAUAGUAAUGUAUCAAAUCGAUCGCGUCGACGAAGAACGAUCUCGAGUAGCCGAUUCUAAGAUUCAUCUGUUCGCUCGUCGAGCGAAGAGAAGGAAGCGGUGCACAGGGGGGAGAAAGAGAAAAAAAAGAAAAGAAGAAGAAGCCGUAGAAGCUGGUCGAUUUCCGCGUAAUCUUCCAUUCCUUCCAUUCCGUACCGUGAAAGUUUAACGGCAGAUCUCGUAGUGACGCGAUCGAAACACGAUUUUUCGCCCGAGAAAGAUAUUAUAAACGGAAUACAAAAAGAUGAAGCGAAUAAAUUAAAAUAUCAUCGGGAUCUAGUUUAAAUAAAUCGUGUUACGAGUCGUCUCUCCGCGCGCGUCUUUCUUCUCUAUCUCCGUUUUAGGAUAAUGAAUAAUUAAAAAAAAAAAAAAAAAAAAGAAUUACCAUUCUAAAGUAAAAUAAAAUCGCAAUAUAGCGCGAAAUAUUGGAUCAUCGAAAUUUUCGAUGAUUUUCCAUUCCAUUCCAACGACGAAGCAGCGGUGUACGAUUGUAUAAAUAGUUGAAUCUUAUCGUUAUAGAUUUAUUAUUCGUAUCGCGGUUGAUCGACGAUCUUUCGAAGAUUGAAGCUAAACAGGACUAAAGAUCGAGUAAUCGAGUAACAUUCGUGUCCUUUUUCACUCGAUCGCACUCGCUUUUUCAUUCGUAACGCUCGAACAUUCACGCAUACACACAUACACACACACAUACACACAUACACACACACAUACACACACACAUACACGCGUACCGAACAUAUCUUUUUAUACUUAAUCGAGAUUCGUUGAGGCGAUCUUUUUUAUAAUAAGGAUCUUUGAAUUCUGCCAGUUUUGUGUCUUCGUAUGCCUUUUUAUACGAACAACAUCCGAACGUACAAAAAAAAAAAAAUUUUAUGCUUGACUUUUACCUUUUUCUACGCGCUAUACCCGAUUUCAAUAUUAUACUGUGCUAUUUGUGUCCGAUAUCGUCUCUCUCCAACGAUUUUCUAAUAUUUUAUCCAAUCUAGGAUAAAAAUGAAUAAGACAAACUGUAGCAAGACUAUCGAUUUAUAUCACACACCUUACACAGGCAGCGAUGAUGUUCUCACAGGCGCGUCACAAUAUUUGUGAGAACAUAAACGAAUGCGUUUGAGCGAGCGUUGUUUAAAUGCGUUGAAAAAAAAAAAAAAAAAGAAAAAAAAAAGAAGCAAAGAAGCCUCCCGUGAAAAGGUAGCCGUCUCUACCGAGUCGAAAACGGGGAGGGAUUGUUACGAUUUGUUUGACAAGUUCAAAAUGGAACCCUAUGCGAUAUGUAUAUACGUAUCCUCGAUUCGCCACAAGCCCGGGUAUCGUCAUCUGCGAUGACGCGUUUGCCACACAAAUGGCGAUAGGAUAUACGCAUGGGGUACUCGUUAAAUUAUUGUACACUUUUCGAUGCCAAUCGCAAGGGAGUACGCCGUGUUAUGUUUUAAAUGCUCUAGAGUCUUUAUUUAUUGUACAGAAUGCUCGAUAUAUAAAUAAAUGAAUGAAUAUAUAUAAAUAUAUAUAUAUAUAUAUAUACAUACAAUACGAUCUAAUACGAUAUAAUACGAUAUCGCUUAUUAUGUGUAUAAAUAUGGAACAAUAAAAAAAAGGUCACUUCGA